AUGGCUGUGUUCGGUGUAGUGGUUGUUGUGGUGGGAGUCGUCGUGAUUGUGUUGGUAGUAGUGGUGGUUAUGUUGGGAGUAGUGGUUGUUGUAGCGGAAGUAUUGGUUGUUGUGUUAGAAGUAGUGGUGGUUGUGUUGGAAGUAGUAGUGGUUGUGUUGGGAGUAGUGGUUGUUGUAGCGAGAGUAGUGGUGGUUGUGUUGGGAGUAGUGCUGGUUGUGUUUGGAGCAGUGGUGGUUGUGGUUGGAGUAGUGGUGGUUGUGUUGGGAGUAGUAGUUGUUGUGUUGGGAGUAGUGGUGAUUGUGUUGGGAGUAGUGGUGGUUGUGUUGGGAGUAGUAAUGGUUGUGUUGGGAGUAGUGAUAGUUGCGGUGGGAGUAGUGAUAGUUGUGGCGGGAUUAGUGAUGGUUGUGUUGGGAGUAAUGAUAGUUGCGAUGGGACAACCCUGGGCGCGGAUGGUACCAAUACCACUGAAGUCCGAAUUAGAAAGCCAUGGCGACGGUAGCGAUGGCCAGACUGCGCAGGUUGUGGAGAAGCAGCUUCAUCAGCUUCCCCGCCAUGUACAGGUUCUAUCCCCGUAG